CUUUCAUUUUGCUUGGUUUUACUGAUGUUGUUUUAUUCCACCUUCAGGCCUCACAUUUUGUUUUCUGUGGCAUUUGAAAAACUUUACAUAAAAUUUGCUUGACAUUUGACUGGAAGCCUUCAAGCCUCCUCUAUAAUGCGGUUGUCUUGGAAAAGGGCUGGAGCUGUGGAAGUGCUGAUAGAUAGGGAUCAGUGGACACAUCUGGCAGUAGGAAAUACCACUAUCAUCGGCAGUCAGGCUUUCUCCCACAGGACCAUCCCCCUCCUGUCAUGAAAUCUAUCCAGGUAUGUAGCUUAGCACCGUAGACUUAAUUGAAGCAGUCCUUCGUAUGUCAGUAGGCUUGAAUUGUGAAAGGUGUGAACAAAGACUUUGUGCGGUCAAAUCCUGAACCCCAAGUUUUCCAUCUCGGACUCCGGCAAACCAACAAAUUGUAGCCAGCAAUAGCAUUUGCUGCCCUCCAUGCCCUUAGUGGACAUUUGUCUUUAGUUGGCUGCGUGGAAGCCAAGCCAUCAGCAGGACAGAUGCCAGGUCUGGCUUAUGCAGCCAUUCCCACUGUCUGCACACAGGGCAGCGGACACCAAGAAGGACCCAGAGAUCUGUACUGUACUCUGCACACAAGAUCCUCCACUGGGUAAAGUUUUUCCGGCUGCACUGGAGAAGGUCAGCAUAAACAUUUAUCUGGUUUAUUUGUUUUUGCUGGCUUUGCGCUUGUGGAUUUGGAGAAUGCCUCUUUCUGCCUGGAUUAGUCUACCAGAGGUCACCAAGUGCUAAUUUAACUGGGGCAGGGAAAGGGUAUGCUGUAAUUAAGCUGCAGAGCAUAGCUUUGGACGCAUAAAUCACACAUAUUUAGUUUUUAAUCUGUCCUCGCAGACGAAUGUCUACUGGUCACACUUUGGAUUACAAAUUUAAAGUCUGCAGUUGUUAAUAAACAAGCUUCUCGGGACCCCUUGAGAGAAACAUAUUAGUCUGAAAGUUUCUGUCACUCAACUUGUCUCUUCACAAUAGAGCUAAUGGUGCUUAUUAAUUAAGAAGACUUCAUCUCGCCUGAUGUCAGCCUUUUUGGUCAACCCCCAAAGAGUUGGUCCCCCUCAUGAAUAAUCAAUGAGCAGCUGCUUAAUAAACAUGAGGGGGUUUAUAUAGCCCGAGCUCUGGAACUGGCCUCCGUAAACUCAGCAGCAGGCUGAGAGAGCGUCGGAGAGGGAGGGAGCAUGUGAGGCGAGGAGCGGGGUGUGUGUGUGUGUGUGUGUGUGUGAGACACAGAGAGAGAGAGAGAGAAACGAGGCUGAGCGGAGAGAUACAGCCACAAGCUGGGGGGAAGUCAAUCCUGUCAGCCAAAGUCAUUGUGUGGCUGUGGAACAAAAAAAAAAAAAAAGACAGAGCGGACGGAGAGAGUCAUUUCAGAGGGAAGAAGAAUAUAUCUUCUGCUUUUCACUUCAAGUCAAAGUGGCUGGAGGGAGAGCCUGGAUGGUGUGAUCUCCUCCACCAUGGGAUGCAGCCUCUGUACCCUUCAGAAGCCUGAGGAGCAUUACAAACUUCUCUACGAAGUCUGCCAGGUCAAUGGCAAGGACCUCUCCAAGGCCACCCAUGACCAGGCAGUGGAGGCUUUCCGCACCGCCAAGGAGCCCAUCAUGGUCCAAGUUCUGCGCCGAUCCCCACAUCCCAAACUUGUCAACCCGCCUGCUGACUCACAGGUCUCGGACACCAGCACCCAGACCGACAUCACCCUCCAGCACAUCAUGGCCCUUACGAAGCUGCCUCCUUCUUCACCCUCCAUGACGGAACUGGAGGAGUAUCUGCUGCCAGAGGAGCAUCCUCCAGGACAUGCAUACUUUGAUCCAAAUGACUUCCUGGAGGGUAUACAGCAGGACAUGGAGCGGGAGGAGCUGGAAUAUGAGGAAGUGGAUUUGUACCGAGCCAAUAUCCAAGACAAGCUCGGCCUGACGAUCUGUUACAGGACUGAUGAUGAGGAUGAGGCUGGGAUCUACAUUAGUGAGAUCGAUCCUAACAGCAUUGCUGCAAAAGACGGCAGAAUUAGAGAAGGAGACAAAAUCAUUCAGAUCAACGGUGUUGAGAUCCAGAACCGAGAGGAUGCUGUAGCUCUGCUGACCAGUGAGGGGAACCAGAAUAUCUCCCUGCUGGUGGCCAGACCAGAGAUCCAGCUGGAUGAGGGCUGGAUGGAUGAUGACCGGAACGACUUCCUGGAUGACCUCCACAUGGACAUGCUGGAGCAGCAGCACCAUCAGGCCAUGCAGUUUACUGCCAGCAUGCUGCAGCAGAAGAAGCUCGAGGAGGAUGGAGGCACCACAGACACAGCCACACUGCUGUCCAACCACCAUGAGAAGGACAGCGGAGUCGGCCGCACAGAUGAGAGCACGCGAAACGACGAGAGCUCGGAGCAGGAGAACCUUGGUGACGACCAGACCACGGCCUCCAACACACUGGGCAGCUGCAGAAAGCUGACCUACAGCCAGGACACGCUCGGCAGCACUGACCUGCCCUUCAGCAGCGAGUCGUUCAUCUCUGCAGACUAUGCUGACACAGACUUCCUGGGCAUCACAGCUGAUGAGUGCGAGCGCUUCAGAGAACUCCUGGAGCUGAAGUGUCAGAUGAGGAAUGGUGGAGCCCAGAGUCUGUACUGCCAAGGUGGUGGAGCAGAAGGUCAGGACCCAGAUGGUGUGGACAAAGAGCUGGAGCUGCUCAACGAGGAGCUGCGCACCAUUGAGCUGGAGUGCCUGAAUAUUGUCCGUGCUCAUAAGAUGCAGCUGCUGAGGGAGCAGUGCCGUGAAUCCUGGAUGCUCCACAACAGUGGCUUCCGCAACUACAACACCAGCAUUGAUGCACGCCGCCACGAGCUCUCAGACAUCACAGAGCUGCCGGAGAAAUCAGACAAAGACAGCUCCAGUGCCUACAAUACUGGUGAGAGCUGCCGCAGCACCCCUCUCACUCUGGAGCUGUCUCCAGACAACUCACUCCGUCGAGGUGCAGACAAUCAGGGUACGACUGGAGCGUGCUGCUCCACCAGCUCAAACAGCAGGGUGCACAAGCCUCUCCUGUCCCCUGUCCAGGAAGCCUGUGGCCCCAGCCGGAGCAGGGGCUCCUCCAAGGAGCCAUCUGGAGCCCUCCAAGCAGAAAGCAAGGAGAGGAAGCUGGGAGAGUCUGGUAAGUCCGGCCGGGGCUUUUCCCAGCCACAUUCACCUUACAAGCAUGCCCACAUCCCCGCCCACGCCCAGCACUACCAGAGCUACAUGCAGCUGAUCCAGCAGAAAUCAGCUGUGGAAUACGCUCAGAGCCAGAUGAGUCUGGUCAGCAUGUGCCGGGACCCCAUCUCUCCCAGUGACCUGGAGCCUAAGAUGGAGUGGAAGGUGAAGAUCCGCAGCGACGGCACACGCUACAUCACCAAGCGGCCUGUUCGGGACAAGCUGCUGAGGGAACGCGCCCUGCGUAUCCACGAGGAGCGCAGCGGUAUGACCACAGACGAUGAUGCCAUAAGCGAGCUUAAGAUGGGCCGCUACUGGAGCAAGGAGGAGAGGAAGCAGCAUGCAGUUCGCGCCAAAGAACAAAGGCAGCGCCGCGAGUUCAUGAAGCAGAGCCGAGCCGACUGUCUGAAGGAGCAGACCGGUCCAGAGGACAAAAAGGAGCCCAACAUUAUCGAACUCAGCCACAAAAAGAUGAUGAAAAAGAGGAAUAAGAAAAUAUUUGACAACUGGAUGACCAUCCAGGAACUGCUGACCCAUGGUACCAAGUCACCAGAUGGCACAAGGGUCUACAACUCACUCCUGUCUGUGACCACAGUCUAAGUCCUGCUCUGAGUUCAGGCUAGCCGGACUGUGGCUUGAUGGACUGUACAUAGGACACUACCAGCUGGGCUAGAGAUUCCUGCCUCGUUCAAUGUGGCAGCAUUUUGUAAAUAGGAAAUAAGGAAAGCCUUUUCUGGACAAAUGUUUUCCACCACUGGAGUGAAGAAAAGGUCCUUUAGAUGAUAGUUGGACUUGGACUGUGAAUGGGACAUGGCUAUGAGGAUGAUUUUGGAAACUUUUUCUUUCAGUUACCUUUUCUACCUUUGUGCUUGAUCUUUUGAAUAAUUUUGGAAACAGAAACACAAUAUUUGACUUUUUUGGAAGAUUUGGAAAGUGUGUAAAGCCUGUGUGCCAUACAUAAACAGCCAGCAUUUACACUAUUUUACAUUAUUUUGUUCGUACUAUAUAUCUCUUAUAAGUAUUUUACCGUCAUGCAUACUUACUGCUUUUAUGGAAACAAUGCUUUUUUCCUGCAAGGUAGAACACAUAAUCCUUUGCAAAAGGACUUUUUGUAAAUAAAAAAAAAUAAAAUUUUUUAAAAUAAAUCCAAUUGAUUAGUUUGAAUUUCUCUUUUAUGGUGCUGAUUUCCCAAAGUUAAUACCAGCAGAGAUGUACCAUCUGUUCCAUAAUGUAGAGAAUAUCAUAACGUGAUAUCACUGUGUAUGUGUGUAUCUUUAGACAAACAUGUCUCUCACGUUGAAAUUUUGUCUGUCUGUUAAAGCACACCUUGUAGUCAAUUUUGCUUUCUUAGGAUUCCAUGUAUUGAACAGUUAUUAACAGUUUAACAAAUCAUUAAUUAGCCACACAAUUUGAUGUCUUGUAAAAUGAGAGAAAUAAUAAAUUAUUGUUUUAUAUAUGA